AUGGGUGAUAGGGCUUUAACCGAUAAGGAGUUGGAGGGAAUAAUUAAUAAUAUGAGCGAUUGUGAAUACGAAUCGGACGUCGAUGACUCAGUGGGUGAUCCAAACUUCGAGAAUUUCAGUUCAUCAGAAAGUACCGAUAGUGAAUUCGAUGCUGGCACUGCAAGAAAAAGAAAGAAGCUAGAAAUUUGUGUGAAAGCAAAUGCAAAUGUCGGGGCUAUAGACACUCCUGUUGACAGUGAAGUGAAUUUGUCUGAAAGCAGCGAGAGUAGCUCAGAUGAGUGCAGCCCCAACAGAGAUGUAAGUGGAUCACAUGAAGUUCGAGUUAUCUGGAAUGAUUGUUCAGGAAAUUUGAAGGAUCAUCCGUUCAAUGCCAACCCAGGAUUCUCUGCAGAGUUUUUUGCGAAAAGAAGCGGAGAUGAGCCUUUAGACUUUUAUAAGCUUUUCUUGGCCGAUAUCAUACCUAUGAUAGUUCAAGAAACAAACCGCUAUGCGACGCAAAAAAUUAUAUCAUGCAUAGCAAAUGAAACUAUCCAAAAAAAUUCACUAUUAACUCACUGGAAAGAUACUAAUGAGUCUGAAAUAGUAGGCAUUCAUAGGAAUGCUAAUUUGGAUGGGACUAGACAAAAAGCCGACACUGAAAGAUUACUUUUCGCGCAAUAUACUAUACAAAAAUGA